AUGAAUAGAUCGAUAGAUGAAUACGAUUUCGAAGAUGAUCCAAUCAUAUAUGCUCAAAUACAACGAGAAUCAGAUGGUGAAUCCAAAUUGGUUAAAUUUUUGGAUACAAUUCCAAGGUUUCAAUCGAAAUUGACACAAAUUUCAUCAUUACAAAACCAACGGAAAAUUGUUCGUAUUGCGUAUAACUUAGAAUCACGUUCUACGAAACAACCCAAUUGGUUUCAAAUCGAUUCUGAACGUCGAUGUUUAUCCAUCCAACAGAAAUUGCCACAAAAUAAUCAAAAUGAAAACAAUUCACCAUCAUCAUCAUCAUCGGCAAUCAAAUUGAUUCCAUUUGACCAUAUAUUCAGUGGAUCAUUGCCGGAAAAACUUCGUUCAAUACCUGCAACAUUGUUGACCAAACCAAUAGAAUCAUUUGCCAAUGGACGCCUGAAUAAUGCUGUGAUUAUUGCCAUUGAUGAUUUUAUCGAUCAAUGUUGUCCGAUGUCGUCACCGACCAGCGCCGGAUAUUUGGAUAUCAAUGAUCAACAGAAAUCCAAUUUGAUAAAUGAAUUUCGUCAAUUUGUUCAUCGUGGUCUGAUGAUGCACUCGAUUGCAUGGAUGUUCGAUGCAAUCAACAAUAGAGUGGAUGAUGAAUGUUUGAAUGAAUCGAAUGUAAAUCCUAAACUGUCACAUUGUCAUUCAGGCAUCAAUCACAAUCGUGCCUACAUACAAUUAUCUGCUUCGGCUUUGUUUCACCAUAAAAUCUAUGAUCUAAUCGCCAAUAAUCGUUCAUCAUCGCCAUCUCAAUCCACAUUGGUUGCUGUUGAUCAUGAAAUCGAAUAUGAAUGUGUCAAUGCCAGACAAGCAGCCAAUCAUUUGGAACGUGCACUUGCUUUUCUAGAGCAAAUCCAUUUGAACCAUCCUAAUGGACAACGAAAUGAACAUUUAUUCGUAUUUACCAUACAUUUAUAUCGUUAUCAAUUUGUGCCAUUGGCAAAUUCGAGGAAAAAAUGUCAAGCAAUCGAAAAUCACAGCAAACUUUAUCUGAUCGAUGUACCCCCAUCAUCAUGUUCAUCAUCUACAUCCCAAUUACAUCUGAUAAUGGCUGCAUUGUUUGCGCAGCAAAAUUUAGCUCCAUUCAGUAAAUCUAAAAUUGCCAAUCUAUUCAUGCGAGCAUUGUCGAAUAAUGAUCAUAAAUCAAAAAACACUAAAGACCAAAUCAGUCUAACCAUAUUGGCGAAUCUGAAACCACAUUGCCACCGACCAGAAACAAUGUUGGAACGAUGCGAUCUAAUUGCAUCGAUAUCGACCAAAAAAUGGCUUAUGAAAUUGAAUGGUAACCAUCAUCAUCAGCAACAAUCGAAACAAUCCUCAUGUAAAUUAUGUACAUGUAAAUCAUCAAAUGCAUCCAAAGAUGUCGAUCAGAGCUGUGCAUCAUCAUCCGAACAAUCAUUCGAUACGGUCAUUUCUCGCGAUCAUCAUGAUCAACGCUCAUCAUCAUUCACAGCCAAUUGUCCACAAUCAAUCAAUGGUGCUGAGGUUGGCCAACAAAUUGAUGAAAUGGACGAAAGCCAAAAUGGCGAUCGAUGUCGUAAUUUGAAUGGAAAUUUAUUGGAAAAAAAUAAAUACCGACAACAACAACAACAACAACAACAUCGACAAAGAAAAUGUGAUUAUAGAUGUUGUAAUCACCAUCAUCAUCAUUCACAAUCCAAACGUAAUCCAAUCAGACCAAAGUCAACGAAAAAUUCUAGCAGUAGCCGUGAAUCAUUACGCAUGAUGAUUAAACAAUCAAAACGAAAUUGUGAUGAGAGUAAUGAUGAUUGCAAUGAUGAUCAACAUCACUAUCAUCACCAUAAUCACCAUAAACACCAUAAACAAUUAGCCAAACGUAUUCGUAAUCGUAAACGUUCACUAAUGAAUGAACCAAAUGGUUCCACAUGGAGUGAAGAGCUUUGGGUUGAUGGACCAAAUCUAACAAAAUUGAAUCAACAACAAUGUUCACAUAGUUUGAGAAAAGAAAAAUAUCGUAUCGAACAAUGGAUUUCGACAACUUGCAAUCUAAACGGUGCUAAUGGCUCGAAACGUAUGCUCGAUAUGGGAUUCAAAUGUUUGGAUGAUAAUUGUUUUGCACAAUGUAAUCAACAAAUCGAUGAUGAAUGUCGCGAUACGCUGAGUGAUUGUGGUGAUAAAAAAAGUGAUUUCUAUGAGGAAUACUAUAACCUGUGGAAAUUAAGUCCCAAAAAUGGACGACCAAAAAAACCACUACGUCAUUCGUAUCGAAAACAUGAGCAGUCGAAUUGUUGCAAUGAAAUGUCGCUGAACAUUAAUCACAUUGAUCAUAAUCACCAUCAUCAUCAUAGUAAUGGUGAUGAUGGCGAUGCUAUUCAUAAUAAUAAAUCGAUUGAUAUGUCGAAUGUUUGCGGCGAACCACAACCAACAUCAUCAUCAGCAUCGACGAUGCUUAAUCGUAUGGCAGAACCGCCUAAACAAUUGAAAUUAGAACAAUUCCUACAACAAUUGUCUAAAAUAACCGUAUCGUCAUCAUCAUCGUCAUCGAAAGAUCAACAACAUCAUCACCAUUCGCAAACAAAUUGUAAUCGAAAAUCAGAAUUAAUUGAUAGCUGCCAAUCUCAAUUACACUCCCAACAGCAGCAGCAACCAGCGCCACCACAACAAAAACAACAAUCACGACCAUCUUCAUCAUCAUUAAAAUCGUAUGGUAUGACUGAAAUUGUUGAACAUUUAAAACGUGGAAAUAAAACCAGCGAUAUGAUGGAUACUGUAACCAUGAAUGAAGCGAAUAAUGCCACCGAUCCAUCACAAACGGGUAGCAUGGAACGAAAAAAUUCCAUUUCAUCACAACCGAAACAACAGCAGACAAAACAGCAGCAAAUGGAACAGAAAAUGAAACGUAAUACAACAUCCACUACGACUAGUGGACAUGGAACAAUAAGUGAAGGCGAAUGUUCAUCCAUUGCCAAGAAAACAUCCUCCGUUUCCACACCCAGCUAUGGAUCAAAUGGCGGAGGUGUUGUUGUUGGCAAUGUUGGCCUUGUCGUACAACGACAACCAGCAUCAAGUGGAUAUGAAUCAACCGUACAAGAUGAUGAUGACGUCGACGAUGAUGAUGAAUUUGACGAUGAUCAUCAUGUCUAUGAUCAUCAUCAUCACCACCACCACCAUCAUCAUCAUCUUGAUCUUCAGAAUUAUCACCAACAGAUAAAAUGUCCAAAUAAAGUGGCACCAAAAAACGGAUCAACAAUGGCCAUUAUGACAACUAGAUCUGGAUCAAUCAAAACAAUGACCAUACCAGCAGCAAACAUUGCUCAUCAUGGCCAUGUCGAGGAUGAUGACGGUCAAUCAAUAUUUUGUUCAUUCUUUUGCUGUGGCCAUUAAAUGUUUGAUAUGAGA